AUGAACUCCGCAUACUUCGGCCUGGACACGGCUCGGGAGACCAUGGAGGUAUACGACCAUUCUUCUGCCGAUCGCAGCGAUGCCUUCUUGAUCCAGUUACCCGGGCAAAUUGCCACUCUGCUGCAAAAUGAUGUUUUCAAGCUCGGCGUUCGACCGGCUGAGCAUCUCAGGGCGUUGAGCCUGCAUCUUACGCAGGAGGUCUUCCAAGGUAUGGCUCCAGACGAAAUUGCUGAGCAUUAUCUGGAGGAACCUCUCGACCAACUGUUCGAGGGCAGCAUCAUCAAAAAGAACUACUUCAGACUUCAUGUUACCCUGCUACAGUCACAAAUCUACCUCAAAUAA